AUGUCUUUCCACCUUGAGAACACCUUCGCUCUUGCGAUCUUGGGAGAGCACGACCCUCAAACGUCAACUACCAGCAAGAUCAUUUACAGAGCAGACUGGGCGCUAUGGGACGUCAGCAGUCGUCUCCUCGACGGUGACUCAUCCCUUCCUGACGAUGAAGCCGACACCCUCGAGAUUGCCUUCACUCUUCCGAUGCUCAGCGAGCAACUCACCUCUGGGGUAGAUGUCGACACUCUGGUGGCCUCGGCCCAAGAUGUCUGGCUCAAACUUCGCAGACGCCUGAUCCGUGGCGAAUGUAUUCUACCACCUCCCCCUCUCUCCCUGGGGAUCCGCAGCUCUGAUGAAUCUAUCAAUGUCCUAUUCGGCCCCAGGCCUACGUUUCCUCCUGCGGAAUUGUGCGUCGGUGAGUACCCUGACAACUGCAUUCACGGGGAGUGGGCAGAGGAUUAUGCAGAAGACAUUGAAUCAGACUCUUCUGCCUCUUCUACCUCCGUCAAGACGAAGGCCAUCAAGACAACGCAGAAAGGACGGAAGGAUAGGGGUGAUGGCAUGUGGGUGUGCGACGUUGGAGACUGCGGAAAGGACUACACUUGCAAGUCCACCCUUGAUAUCCAUAAAAGAGACGCACACGGAUUGCUUCGUCCAAUCGACCGUAGGCGUCUAGAGGAGCGCCAGAAGAGCCAGGACACUGCCGCGGCGCAAGAAGAGGUUGAAGAGGAAGUCUUGGAUGACAGCGAGAUGACAGAGGAUGAAGAAUAUGAUGACGAAACUUCGGAAGAAGAAGAGGUUGACAAGGAUCAUGGCCACCAUGGUGGUGGUGAAGAACACGAAACGCAGGGCUAA